AUGGAAACGAGCUCUCUGAAGGCUUGGGAUGUGACCAGCGGACCCCUUACCACCAUGGCCAUGGAAACUAGCUCUCUGAAGGCCUGGGUUGUGACCAGCAGACCCCUUAUCACCAUGGACACUAGCUCUCUGAAGACCUCCGAUGUGACCAGUGGACCCCCUGUCAAAAAGACAACUCAAUCUGAAGAGAACUUCAGCAUAACAAUAUCGACCACAACGAUCUCAGAGACCUCCACAAACACAACCACCAAAUUCUCCUCACCGUCAGAGGAGAGGGAAAGUGACAACACCCUACUGGUAGCUGUGCUUGUGGCCCUGCUGGUGGUGGUUGUCCUCCUGGCACUGCUAUCUCUGUGGCGGCGGCGGCAGAAGAAGCGGACUGGGGCUCUGACGCUAAGUGGAGGAGGCGGGAAGCGUGAUAGGGUAGUAGAUGCCUGGGCAGGGCCGGCCCGGGUGCCUGAUGAGGAGCAGGUGAUACUGGGAGGUUCUGGGGUCGACAAGGACACUGCUGUUCCUGAUGGGGAGGGGGCUGGCCGGCGGCCCUCGCUCACUACUUUCUUUGGCAAAAGGAAAUCUCAUCAGGACUCCUUGACAUUGGAGACGUUGGAGGCUGGGUCAGUUCCCAGCCAAAAGGGGGAGGAAGAGCCGCUGAUGAGUAGUGAGGGUGGGACUGUGGAGGUCCCCACUUCUGAUGGUCCAGAAGUGAGCGAUGGCAAUGCCUCUAGGUCCUUAUAA